AUGGCACUUCCAAGUAAAGACGGUAAGGCUGCUCUUGCCACAGGAGAUGCUCUCAUCUCCGCAAUAGCGGCAUUUGUUCCCGAAACUGUUGUAUACGGAGGAUACAUCGUGUUCCUCGUCUUUGCGACCGUUAUCAUGAUACGCAAAGAAGACUGUACAAGAGCUCACCUUACUAUGUACUCAACCUGCGCGCUCAUGUUCCUUAUGUCCUCCACCCUUUGGUCCAUCGACGUCGUGAACAUUAUCCUCCCCAUUUGUCAAAUACUUGACGGGUCAGAGCAGGGCCUCCAGACAAAGUAUUCAAAUCUCAAUGCAACGAGAUGGUUUUGGCAGUCGUUCAUAUUCACUUUGGAGUUCAUCCUCGGAGACGCGGUAGUUGCGUGGCGAGCUUGUGCUCUGUGGAAUCGUUCGCUACUAGUUGUCUCAAUUUUUGCAGUAUCAUUGAUUGCGUCCACUGCAACGGCAUUCGCAUAUUUAGGCUGCAUAGGACGCAAUGACUGGAACUAUCUGACACGACCUCCUACUUGUCAAAACCUGGAGACCGCAAGCUUCUACCUCUCCAUAGCCAUCAACUUCGUCGCGACCUCUAUGAUAACUGUUAGGGCAUGGCAGCUCCGGGAUUCACUCAGUGGGGAUUUCCCACUAUCACGCGCCUCUAGGAAGGGACAUCGGACCUAUAGCGAGAGGAUCGUGAUCCUUCUCAUCGAGUCUGGCUCCAUCUACCUUAUUUUCUGGUUGUCCAAAAUAUUCACGUACAUACGUGACGAAACCACGAGCUCGACAGCUGCCCAACUCGCCGCAUCUGUAAUCAAUUCAACUGCAAACCAGAUCGUCGGGCUCUAUCCUACCGUCAUCAUCGUCCUCGUACACCAAAAGCAAACGGUAUGGGAUACCUCGGAAACCUCGUUCGACCUUCCUAGCUUCCAAGCAGCUAGCCACGAUCACCAUCACCAUAUGAGACGGAGCCACAACGCAAGCGAACCAGUCUCAACCACAUAUGAUUUGGAGUCUUAUGCGGACCAAGAUCCUAGAUCAGCGACAUUCGAAGUGGAGUUAGGGUGUCUAUGCGACUCACCUGCGUCGCCUCGGAAAUCUUGUCGAGAGGGAAAAGCUGACAUUGAGAGCGAGGGUCAAGAGUGUGGUGUUGCAGGACCUGAAGUGCAAUGA